AGAGAUAUUCUGAUUUUUGGGGUGAUGUACAAAAAUGGAACGUGUUUUAUAUAACCAAAGUGCCUGACUGCACACCGCAAAGUUCUCAUUCAGCACUUAAAAGCGAGCUUGAAAUACUUUUAAAUAAGCUACCAAUAAAUAGUAAAAAAUAUAAAACUGCAACCUCAAUUAAUAAAAGUCUCUCAGAAUUUCUGCGGUUUUCUGGAUGGGAGGAGAGUGUCGUGUCGAGAGUUACGGAUUCCGUUCAUGACACGCAUUUGUCAUAA